GAUAUACUGAAAAAUUAGAAGAUGAAAAAUUUAUUCUACUAAUCGAAGAGCUAGUUAAGGAAUAUAUUCAGAAAGACAAAUCUAUCAUUGUAGCAACCAUCUCAUGUAAAGACGAUAUUGACAAUCAAGCAAUCGUUAGUUUGGCCAAAAAUGCUGAUAUUUCUGGAAUAAGAACACUCGGAGUUCUUACCAAACCAGAUACAAUUGAAGAAGGAACCCAUGAUAAAUGGCUAAAAAUAAUGCGAAAUGAAGCUCAUAGACUUGAUUUGGGUUAUUUCGUAGUAAAGAAUCCAUCACAAAAACAUCUCAAUGAUGGCAUUACUUUUGAGGAUGCCAGGCAAGAUGAAAUAAUUGUAAAUUGCUUUUCUACAUUAUUAUUAAGUUGUGGAAUUUACAGUUUCUGGAAAAAAUUUCACCUACGAGACAGAAUAGGAGUGAUUAAAUUAAGACUAAAAUUAUCUGAUUUGCUCAUUCAAUCUAUUAUAAGAGGAUUACCAUCAGUAAGAAAAGAGAUCGAAGAAAAAUUGUUAGAGACACGCCAGGAACUUGAAAAAAUUCCUGAGCAAUUAAGUGAUAAUCCAAACAUGGAGAUUUAUAGAAUGUCCAAACAAUGUUGCUCAAUUAUUAAAGCAAAAACUAUGUGUUCAAAUAAUCAAAUAGACCUAUGGCAGUCUAUUAAUCAAAAGUUUGAAUUUUUCAAACAGGAUCUCUACUCAUCACGGCCGAUCUUCACUGUUGGCGCUAGUGAAACUGAAAUUGACUUGCUAGACGAGUAUACUAAAACAAAAGUUAUUGAAAAAAAUUACUCUAAUAAUAAGAAUACUUGGAACAACACUAGUGACCAGUUGUCUCGUGUAAAAUUUACGGGAAAAUAUAGGACUACUGAAUUACUAAAGAUAUCUGAGGAUCAGGUUAAUGAAAAGAUCAAAAUGUCUCGCGGAAGACUAUUACCUGGAUUUAUUCCAUCCACUGUUGCCGAAUCCUUAAUUAAAACAACUAUUUUGAAUUGGAGGACACCAGCAAUUAAUUGUCUAAAUUCCAUUUAUCUGAUUGUUUUAAAAUUGGUUAAUAAAAGCAUUGAUGAUACAUUUUCAAGAUUCCCAAAUCUAGUUGGACAAAUAAGGUAUUAA